AGUCUCGAAGAACUCUUAAUUUCUACUAACUUCACCACAUUUUGCCCUUCUUUGUGAGCCAAUAAGUGUACUCUUUGGACGAUGGAAGUGAUGGGAGAAAAAAAGAUGAAGAUUCUUUGUUUGCAUGGAUUCAGAACUAGUGGCAAUUUCUUAAGAAAACAAAUAAGCAAAUGGGAUCCUUCUAUUUUUGCGCACUUCGAAAUGGAAUUCCCAGACGGAAUAUUUCCAGCAGGAGGGAAAUCAGAGAUUGAGAGCAUAUUUCCACCACCAUAUUUUGAGUGGUUCCAGUACAAUGAGGAAUUUACAGAAUAUGAGAAUUUAGAAGAAUGCAUUUCAUACUUGUGUGAGUACAUAACAACCAAAGGUCCUUUUGAUGGUCUUCUCGGAUUCUCCCAGGGAGCAACUUUAUCAGCCCUUUUGCUAGGAUACAUGGAGCAGGGGAAGAUUCUGAAAGAGCAGCCUCCAAUGAAGCUAUUUGUAUCAGUAUCAGGUGCCAAAUUUAGGGACCCAAGUAUUGGUAACGUUGCAUAUAAAGAUGUGAUCAAGGUUAAAUCAGUUCAUUUCAUUGGAGAGAAAGAUUGGCUGAAAAUUCCUUCUCAAGAGCUUACAACAGCUUUUCAGAAUCCUCUCAUCAUAAGGCAUCCCCAAGGCCACACAGUGCCAAGACUAGAUGACGCAGCUUUGGAGACAUUAAAAACCUGCACAAGGGACAUUGUCCUCUCUUCCACUCAAAGUUGUCUUGGUGGAGGACCAAAUGAAGCCUGCAAGCAUGUUAACAUUGAGAAUCUGGAAGAGGACAAAAAGCUAGAGAAGCCUAAUAAAGUAGAGAUCCAAAAGAUUAUUUGGCUCCUAAAAGAAAAUAAACCGAAUCAAGUCCAAGUAAAGGAACAAGUGAAGCAGCUAGGCUGCAUCCACCACUCUAUGAGCUUGCUUUACAAGCGUUAUCUCAAUCAAAAGCAGAAGAUAAUGAACAUAAGAAGGAGGACUAUUUCAAAAGAGAUGAUCCAAAUGCUAAUAGCCGUUCCACCGAAGAGUUGGUUAAAACCUUCAGCAUUAAUAGUUAUCCUGUGAGAAUGCAGUGCGAUGGUGUCACAAAUUUAACGAGUGAUUUCGUGGUUAAGUCAGCCAUGGGAAAAUUUUUGGACACCUUCAGAAAAAUACUUUGAGAACAAAAUUUUGAAGCUUAUUUCAGGGAUAGCUGCUUUGGGCAAUAUCUUGAUUUGCUGGAGGGUAGCAAUGCUCGUUUUCAAAUGAAAAUGGUAUAUGAUCUUCUCAAGCGUAGGUUUAUAUAUGAAAACAAAGAUAAGAUGGAUGAGGUAUGGAUAAAUUAUUGUGACAUACCUAUUUGUUUUGGUUAGAGGGAGUUUUCCAUAGUUACUGGAUUAAAAUAUUAUCCUCC